AUGGCGUCCGCUGCGCAAACCGAUCUCAACACCCCGAUUACUGUCAAGCUGACCCUUGACGGCCACCCCCGCCGCUUCAAGCUCGCACUUCGCGAUGUGGGCAUCGAUGUGCUCGAGGAGAAGGUGCGGACUGCACUGAAUAUGCCCUCCGACACUGAGGCCAUCUUCGAGCGCUACUCCGACUCCGGUGGCGCUUACGUUCUGCUGGACCAAGCCAACGUGGCCGUUUACAAGCAGUUAUACCGAGCUGCCAAAGCCAAGCACAAGUUGAAGCUCCGUGUCACAAUCACGAGGCGCCCGUGGGAAGACGAAGAGGCGCAGGGCCCCAAGCCGGCAUCAGUCACGGAUGAACCGGAAGAGGAGAGCCACCCGACCGUCGAACCCGCCUAUGCUGAGCGUGAGCCUGAGCAACCGACCACGUCUGAUUUGAUUCCCGCCGCCGCCGAACCUGAGAGUGAGCCCGAGCAACCGGCCACGUCUGACCCGAUGCCUGCUGCCGCCGAACCUGAGAGUGAGCCCGAGCAACCGGCCACGUCGGAUCAGAUGCCCACUACCGCCGCCGCCGCCGACGCUGAGCGUGAACCCAAGCAACUGGCUCCAAUCCCCCCCGCAGCCGCCGAACGUGAUUUGGAACUCGCCGAUACCACCGCAGCCAACACAGUCCAAUUCGAGCACAUAUUACCGAACCGGUUCGAUACCCCACCCCCGGCACCGCCAUGCAACGUGGAUUGCCCCGCGAUCCAUACCAACUACGCUGUCUGCUGCAACAGCUGCGAUCAGACCAUCCCGGAUGCUCACUACCAUUGCUCCACCUGCGACGACGGCGACUUUGACCUCUGCCAGACCUGUGUCAAUCAGGGUGUCACAUGCAAGGGAGCCAACCACUGGCUCAUCAAGCGUUUUGUUGUGAGCGGCGUCAUCAUCAACAGCACUACGGAACGUCUAGGCCCCAAGCCCAAGCCAAAGAAGAUUAACACCCCCGGGAUCGUACCCGCGGCAGAAAGGAUCAUCCCGGUCUUUAACGACAACGUCUACUCCACCAUGCGCACUUGCAACUGCUGCGUGCAGGAGUUGCCCGAGGCGGAGUUUGCCCACUGCACAUCCUGCGAAGAUUUCGAUCUCUGCCGGUCUUGCUUCGCCAAGAACCGUCAUGGCCACCACCCCAGGCAUGCCUUCGUGCCGGCUGUCGAGGGUACCAGGUUUGACAACGAGAUCGCCCGCCGCCUCCCUGCUGGUCGUGGCCAGGCCCACAACGCCAUUUGCGACGGUUGUGACAAGGGCGUCCAAGGCGUUCGCCACAAGUGCUUGGAAUGCCCUGACUGGGAUUACUGCUCUGACUGCGUGGUGAACGCCGGCUUCAUCCACCCCGGUCACCGCUUCGUCCCCAUCUACGAACCGCUCGAGUACGAUAGCGGUGUUCGCAUCCGCACCAUGAACCGGCCCGUUCACGUCGGUAUCUGCUGCGAUGGCCCUCUGUGCUCCUCCGCCCGCGUCAACUCUGCCUACAUUGUGGGAGACCGCUUCAAGUGUGCCGUCUGCGACGACACCGAUUUCUGCGCGUCGUGCGAAGCCAGCCCUGCCAACUCUCACAACCGCACUCACCCCCUCAUCAAAUUCAAGUCGCCUGUGCGCCACGUCAGCGUGACCACUACCGGCGAGAACCUGAAUGGCCGGCAGAUGCCGGUCAUGGGCGACCGCCCCAGGGCUCGUUCGCCUGCCCCAAAUGCCCAGGCCGUGAACACCAGCGUUCCGCCAUCGGUCCACAAGUCCCUUGAAACUGCCGUGAAUGAACCUGUCACCAAGGCAGAGACAAGCGCUUGUGCUCCCGAACCAGUGCCGAGCCCACCGAAGGACCGGUCUGAAGAGAAGCCAGUCUCCGUAAAGGACCUCGUUGCCACCUUCGUCCGGGAUACCGUCCAAGAUGGCACAGUUUUCGGCCUGGACCACGUUUUCGAACAAACCUGGGUCCUUCGCAACAGCGGGAACGUUGCCUGGCCGGCCGGCUGCUCCGUCAAGUUUGUUGGCGGAGACUACAUGGGCCACCUUGACUCCAACCACCCCGCCGCCACCCGGGAUGUCGAGUUUUCGUGCGAAUCUACCAUCUGCUACGCCCCCAUUCAGCCCGGUGAAGAGUUCCCCUUCACCGUGCUCCUUAGAACCCCUUCGCGCACCGGCAGGAUGGUGUCGAACUGGCGUUUGUCUACUCAGGACGGCGACAGGUUCGGUCAUCGUCUUUGGUGCGACAUUGUUGUUGAGAAGCCCAAGACGGUUACGGAGCCGCUCAGGAUCGUGGAGUCUGACCCCAAGGGCAAAGCGGUCCUCAGGCAUGAGCCCGAGGUCAAGCCUGAGGUCAAGCCUGAGCCGGAGGUCAAGCCUGAGCCGGAGGUCAAGCCUGAGCCGGAGGUCAAGCCUGAGCAUAGCCAGAUGAUCUUCCCCAAGCUAGAGAAGGAAUCGCCUGUCGCUAGCGUCCAUGAGGGGUCUAAGGCCGAGUCGGUUUCCGCCCAAGAGGACGAGUACGAGGACUGCGAGGACAGCGAGUGGGUCGGGUCUGAGGACGCUUUCCUGACUGACGAGGAGGAGUACGACAUCCUUGACGCCUCAGACGAGGAGUUCAACUUCAGCGGGGACCACUCCCCGAGGAAGUAA